GUCUUUGGUUGUGGAGUUUGUUUCUCGAUUGUUCGUGCAGUUUACCAACGAGUAAGCAGCUUCUGUGGUGUACAGCGCAAAAUUGUGAAAUGUCAGAGUACGAAGUUGUCGCGAAAGGCCCAUUGAAAAUAAAAGGGGACGGUGGUGUGAAAAAGAAAAAGAAAAAGAAGGAUCAGAAGAAAUUGUUGGAACAAGUUCCUAAAAUUAUAGAAGUACCGAAGGAAGAAAAGCAAGUAAAUGAAAUUAAAAGAACAAAGGCAGAAUUGGCAUUCCUAAAGAUGCAGGAAAAAAUGCAAAAAGAACGCAUUAAGCAGAAGGCUUCUAUGACACACAAGCAGCGUGUUGAGGAAUUCAACCGGCAUCUGGACAGUCUGACGGAGCACUUUGACAUCCCAAAAGUCAGUUGGACGAAGUAGAACAAAUUCUUUGUUUUGGACAUAUCCAUAUGUUGCUCGCAUAUUUGUUUGCUCACUCAUCUUAUGCAAGGUGGUGUGGUGCAAUGUUAACCUGUCAUUUGAUGUGAACACAUGAACAUCAUUAUUCCAUAGUGGUAUAUGGAAAACAGUUAUGAAAAUGUGUGAAGUUUGUGUAAAGAAAAAAAUGUUGGUAUUUAUUGUACAGUAAGGUUUAUAGGACUGGUCUCACUUAACAGCAGCUUGCAACCUUGCUACUUAAGUAACAACUUCUGGAAGCUGACGAUAGGAUGUAAAUAACAGUAAAUGUCUAUGGUAGUAAGCAAGUUACAAGAGAGAAUUUCCAUAAAUAUAAUUUGUGUUUAAAAUUUUAGUCUUGGAAGACACAUGUUUUCCUGAUGCACUUACAGUAUACAUUAUGAAACAUUUGCAACCACUUUGUUGUUGCCUGAAACUAGAAUGAAAAUGCAUGCUAUUUUGAAGUAUUGUAAGUAAAAAAUUUCCUGUCUUACAAUGUUGUGUUUUCUUUGACAAGCUAGCUACAGUAUAUAUGCCUUGAGUACUCUAAAGGUCACUAACACUUUAACUGCAUUUCAAAGCGUUUGUUGGUGUGGUUGCAUUGCAAUCAGAAAAAUCAGUCUUCCCAACACAGAAAAUGCAUUAUAAUCUAGAAAAUGUUUUUGUUAUGUUUAUGUUGUACAACAGCUUAUGUUUUUAAGUUUUUGAAGUGAGGUUUUGUUCAACUGAAGAAACUAGAACUUGAUACAGAUAUAGAGCUCUUUGUUUUGGACAGUUAAUCUUCUAUAAAAAAACUGACUGAAAGUUGUCCAAGGUUUAUAAUGAGUCUUCACUCUUCAUUAUCAGCAGUUAAGAAAUCACAGUCAAACGUGACUAUGUUGUUCCAGAAACUGAAAGUUAAAAUAUAGUAUUAUGUCUAGUGAGUUUCAUGUCAGCUGUUCUUAUGUCAUGUAAAACUGUUAUGAUGACUUUCACAGUGACUGAACUCAUGAAGAAAUAAAACAAAGUGCGUAAACAAGUAAUUUACUGGAAGUUUCAGGUAGGUCUGAAAGCAAAGAAAGUGAAAGAAAAAACUCAAGACAGUAGAGUAAGGAGCUUGACAAUAGAGCAAGGAGCUGUGUAUUGCACAUAAAUGAUUUGGUAUAUGAAUGUGUAGAUAAAUUUUCAUGACUCUUCAGAGUGUGGUUGAACAAGGAAUAUUUGCUGGAAACUCUUUGAUAUAGAGGCCAGUACAUGCAUAAAUAUGCACAGUAAUAAUUACAAAGUGGGUAAAAGCCUUGACAAAUGAUACUUGCAGCUACCUGCAACAAUAAUUGAUUUGCAGUUAAAAGUUAGGCAUUGUGUCAACAUGAAACUUCUGUUUAAUUACCUUACAUACUAUUAAUGUAUGCACUGCAUAGCAUCAGCAAAAUUGUUUCAAAAUUCAGUUUUAGUGGUCUGUGUUCUUAAACAAGAGCUGUCCUGAGAAUGUGGAAAUUCAGGUGAGAGAUUUAUCACAGAAAUACUUUAAACAAAAACAACAACAGUGUUUCACAACUGUUAGAUGUUGGAAGAAAUUUAUUAAAAUAUGUCAUGUGAUUUCAUCUCAUUCUCAUGAAUUUCUCUGGAAGAAAUGUAUAUUAGUCCUUUAUAUCAUAAGUGUUAACAAAUAAAGUAUUUUUGUUUUAUCUUAAUUUUUGUAAAUGGUAUGCCCCUUUGAAAAAUUUAUAUUUUGUAAAUAACUCAUAAAGCAGUAGAGAACAAAAAAUAUAACUAUUAAACCAAAAGUAUUGGAGACCUGGCAGAUGUUUUGUGUUAAUCUCUCCAUUAGUGUGUUGAAAUUUAGUUCACACCUGCACACUUAUGGGCUUCCUUUAACUUACAAAUUUGAGAUGAAAACAUGAAAUUUAAUUUUUCCUUUUAACAAUCUUUUUCUAAUUUGGAAAGUCACAGAACACUAUAUUUUCUGUUAUAUUACCAGAUACUACUGAUGUAAUUAUAAAAAGUAUUGUUCUCUGCUCCAGCUAUCUGUAUUAUGUAA